AUGAGCGACAACAUAAAAACUUAUGUAAGAGUAAAACCAGGAACAGACAAUGCUGAAUUUAUAAUAAAAGGCAACAGUGUUAGAAUAAAUGAUAAACUUAUGAAAUUUGAUAAAGUAUUUGUAGAAUGUUCACAGAAAGAGUUGUUUGAUUCUAUAUCUGAGGAUAUAUUAGUUUGUUCUGUUCAAGGGUACAACUGUACAAUAUUUGCUUAUGGCCAAACAGGUAGUGGUAAAACUUUUACAAUCCAGGGUAAAGAAAAUAAUCCUGGGCUUGUACAAAGAUGUCUGUGUUUUCUAUAUAAUUUAAAUAUGGAAGUAGAACUAUCAUUUAUAGAAAUUUACAAUGAAAACAUGAUUGAUCUACUAGAUGAUAAAAAAAUUUUAAAUAUUAGAGAAGAUCCUUUUAAAAGUGUUACGAUUGAUAAUUUAACAAUAGUUAAACCAAAAGAUUAUGAAUCAUCACUUUUAUACUACGAAACGGGAAUUAAAACUCGAAAAACUAAAAGCACUGAUAUGAAUUUAGAAAGUAGUAGAAGUCAUUCUAUAUUCACUCUAUAUAUUAAAAAUAAAACAAAUAAUAUAUGUAAAGAAUCAAAGUUGUCAUUUGUCGAUCUGGCAGGAUCUGAGCGUCUUAAAAAUUUAGAAAUAGAAAAUGUUAAAAUUAAAGAAACAGCGAAUAUUAAUAAAUCCUUAUUUUGUUUAGGACAAAUUAUUUACAAACUAAGUGAAGAUAAAAAUAAACACAUUGGAUACAGAGACUCAAAAUUGACAUUUUUACUUAAGGAUUCACUUGGUGGAAAUUCAAAAUUACGUGUUGUAGGAAAUGUUUGUUUAGAACAAAAAAGUGAUACGAUUAAUACAUUAAACUUUUUAUGCAGACUUAAAAUGAUAAAUAAUGUUGCAUUUAUAAAUUCUAAUAUGUCAGAAAAUAUACCAGAUUUACUUAAUCAGCUUAAAACGCUCGAUCAAGAAAAUCAAAAGUUAAAGACUAAAAUUGCAUUAUUUGAAACAGGUAAUCGUAAAAUUGAAAGGGAAGGAGUUGAUGAUUUUAAUAUAAAUAUUUUAAAGUUGAAAGAAAGCAUGAGAGAAGUUUUACAAUAUUUUUCAGAGCUUGAAGAACUUAAACAAGAAAUUUCAUUGUGUGAGUAUAACCUCAGACAGAAUAAAAUAUUAGAGUGCGAUAAAGCUUACAAGGAGCUUAUAGAUCAAAGAACAGAAGAAUAUAAAAAAAUGUUUAAUUAUUAA